UUUCACGGUUCUAAGCACAUUUUACAGAUUGUGAAUAAACAGUUGGUGGAAGAAACGCAAAAUAAAUUCAAUAUGAAAUUUGUGGUAGUCUUUGGUAUUAUGUCAGUGUUGUUGGCUUGUGCUUGGGCCGCCCCUCAAGGCAAGGAUGUUGAAGUUCUUGAACAAUCCUAUGAAAACACUGGAUCCGAUGGUUAUAAGUUUAGCUAUUCCCUAACUGAUGGCACAAGUCGCACCGAACAAGGUACCGUUGUCAAUCCUGGUGCAGAAAAUGAAUCACUUUCGGUAAAAGGUACCAUUACAUGGGUGGCUCCUGAUGGCCAAACAUACACCGUAAACUUUGUGGCUGAUGAAAAUGGAUUCCAACCAGAAGGUGCUCAUCUACCAAAAUAGAUUUAAUUAUCUUCAUCACAAACAUACCCGGAAUUUACCAUAUCCAUAUUAUAUAUUUGUUUUGUUUUGUUGCCAUAAAACAGUUAAUCUGUAAAUACUAUAAUGUUUCAAGUUGAAUAAAAAUAUUCAUAAAAAUA